UCGACGCCCCCCGCGCGCUCCGCCGCUACCUCCGCCGCGACUCACCGACGCGGCUCGCGGAGAGCGAGGCACACGCGCGCACACGCGCAACCACCGGUCGAGACAAAGUCGCGCUCGCCGCAGUGAGUCGCCGUUCUCGUUCGCAGCCGCAGCCUCGCGGCCCUCCGCCUCUGCAGCGCGCCCGCCCGCGACCGUCCGUAGUCCUCGCGGCGCGCGUUCCCGCGUCCGCCGCGACGCCGAGGGCCGCCCAGCCGGGCGCACGCCGAGGGCCCGCGGCGCCCCCGCCUACGAUGCGCCGCCCGCGGCCGGGCGCAGCACGCGGGCAGCCACCGCGCCAGCAGCAGCAGCGGCGGCGGCGGCCAGACGCCAGUGCCAGGACGCGAGCGGCCCCGCUGACGGCUCGUCGCAACGGGCGGAUAGCGCGCGGCGCGAGCGCCCGAGCCGAUUAGCCGCAGCAGCUUUGCCGAGGAGAGCGCCGAGGGCGGCGUAGAGCAGCGCGCGAGAGAGCCGGACGAGCGCAAGGAGCAGCGGGCGAGGGUGCUGGCCGGCGCAGGCGCGCGCGCCUGCUAUGCGCGCCCGCGGGUCGUAGCUGGCGAGCGCUCGUCGGCGCGCGAUGUGGACCAACAGCCUCGGCGGCGCCGGCUGCGCGGCCGCCGGCGCGGCCUCGGACCUGAGCAGCCUGGCGGCGAGCACGGCCGCCUCGGCGAGCGAGCUCUUCGGGCCGGCGGGCUUUGGGCCGGCGCCCGGCGGGCCCUACGGCCCGCUCAAGACCGGGCCCUACGUGGGCCCGCUGGGCAUGCCACCGAUCGAGGCGCUGCACUCGAGCAUCGCCUACCCCGGCUGCGCGCCCGCCGGUGAGUCCUACUACUCGUGCGCACGCGCAGGUAACCCAAGGAAGCAGCGGCGCGAGAGGACGACCUUCACCAGGGCCCAGCUGGAUGUGCUCGAGGGCCUGUUCUCCAAAACCAGGUACCCCGACAUCUUCAUGCGCGAGGAGGUGGCCCUGAAGAUCAACCUGCCGGAAUCCCGCGUGCAGGUCUGGUUCAAGAAUCGCAGGGCCAAGUGCCGCCAGCAGCAGAAGCAGCAGCAGCAGCAGCAGCAGCAGCAGCAGCAGCAGGACAGCAAGACGCAGCAGCAGCAGCAGCAGCAGCAGCAGCAGCAGCAGCAACAGCAGACGAGGACAAAGAAGCUGAGCGGCGUAACGUCGGCGAGUGGCGGCGCCGCCGCCGGCAACCCGGCGGUGAGCGGCAACCCGCCCCCGGGCAAGAGCCCCUCGAUCGCCACGACGCCGACGGCCGCCGCGGCCGCCGUGCCUGCCACCACCCCGCUGAGCGGCGGGACGGCGGGCUCGGCCGCAAGUUCGCCAGCGGCGCUGCUGCGCGAUUCGCCACACCAGUACAAACCCUCGAGCGCUUCUGGACUGCUGAGCAGCACGCCGCCAAGUCUGGGCGGCGCGAGCGUAUACAGCAGCGGCGGCAGCAGCAGCAGCAUCUGGAGUCCCGCCGUGACGGAGAGCGGCAACGGGUCCGGCUUCGCCGGCGAGCACCAGCGGCUCUGGGCCAGCAGCGCCACCGCCAGCAGCCAGCAGCAGUGCUACCAGAACUACACCUCGUACUACAGCAACAUGGACUACUUGUCGCCCGGCAGCCACCAGCUGAACGUCGUGGUAAGAGGCGCGCUGUCGCCGCGCCGAGGCGGCGCCGCGGGGCACGCUGCCGACGCUCGGGCUUGCUUGCAGGAGGCUGGCGCCAGCAACGGCCUGGAUAACGUGGCCUGGCCGCGGACCCCCAGGGACGAGAGCAGCAGCGCCUCCUCGUGGUUCUACAACAGCGCCGGCUGGGGCGAGCGCAAGUGAUGAGGGCCUGCGUUGCGCCGCCGACCACCGCUGUCAUCGAUCGCCGAUACAUCGAAUUUGUACAUAGCGCCUAGCGAGUGACGCCAGGCUGCGCACCACCUGCGCGGCCGACGGCGUGGCUCGCACAGCUGCCGGUCGACGAGCCGCCCGCGACGCGACACAUAUCAGCUACCGGCGCGCCAGAGCGACGCAUAUCCCUCGCGGCAGGGCCUGCGCGGCUGGCAGUCGUCGAGAGGGACCGAGCCCGGCUCGGACGAGGCUCGACCUGCCGCAGCGGUCCGCCUCACCCAUGAUACAAAUAGUCAUCUGGCCGAUCUCGCAUUGCUGCGGCUGAUCGUGAGCGGGGAAUUGCUCGGUUGCGCGCCAUCUUACCUCUCUUGUCUUGUAAUAGCGUAUGCAUUGUGUAUCAGUCGAAUCCUAUGGUGUACCGAUAUGUAAAUAAAAUGCUAUACCUCAUCCUCGGCCUCUCGUCCU